UGCGUCAUCCGUCAGCGCCGACAAGGUGCGUCAUCGGAGUCCUUGUGGAGCGUGAAGGUGCUGGUAUGUCUUCCAGUGGGGUCGGCGUGAACGCUGGCGGCUCGGCAAAUGAAGCGCCCGAAAUUCCAGACAACGUGGGAGACUGGCUUCGGGGCGUCUACCGCUUCGCCACCGAUAGGAAUGAUUUCCGGAGGAACUUGAUCCUCAAUUUGGGACUUUUCGCUGCGGGAGUUUGGCUGGCCAGGAAUUUGAGUGAUAUUGACCUAAUGGCACCUCAGCCAGGGGUGUAGCCAAAUAGACACAUGGAACCUGUGCUGUACUUGAACCUUCCAAAAGCAGAGCCUCCAGUUUGUGACCAUCACAAGACCUGCCUUGAUGGCAGCUGAAGUUUGAUUCAGAUGGGCACCUUCUCUUCUCUGCCUGAUCUCCUCUUCCAAGUCCGCUCCAUUCUCUGGUUGGCCAUCAGGCUUCAGUUAAAGUGUUGUCCUUUGUUCUGUAAACUUAUGUACAUAGUUCCUAAGUUUCUGCAGGGGGUGAUCUUUGCUCUUGUUUUGAGGAAUAACAUAAUGGUAUUUUAACAAUUAUUUGAAAUAAAUGCUUCACACAAAGCCA